UCGGGGCGGUCGCGGCGGCAGCGGCGGUCGGUGGCGGCGGCGGCAGGAUGACGGCGAACGGGACGGCGGAGCCGGUGCAGAUCCAAUUCGGGCUCAUCAACUGCAGCAACAAGUACCUGACGGCGGAGGCUUUCGGGUUCAAGGUGAACGCCUCGGCCGCCAGCAUGAAGAAGAAGCAGAUCUGGACGCUGGAGCAGGACGGGGAGGACUCCAGCGCCGUGCUGCUCAAAAGCCACCUGGGCCGGUACCUGGCGGCCGACAAGGACGGCCGGGUGAGCUGCGACAGCGAGGAGCCGGGUCCCGACUGUCGCUUCUUGGUGGUGGCUCACGGCGACGGGCGCUGGUCGCUGCAGUCCGAGCCCCACCGCCGCUUCUUCGGCGGCACCGAGGACCGGCUCUCCUGCUUCGCCCCCGCCGUCUCGGCCACCGAGAAAUGGAGCGUCCACCUGGCCAUGCAUCCCCAGGCCAACCUCUACAGCCUGGCCCGCAAGCGCUACGCCCACCUGGGACCCCGCCGCGACGAGCUGGCCGUGGACCGCGACGUGCCGUGGGGGGUGGAUGCCCUCAUCACCCUCCUCUUCGUGGAGCAGCGGUACAGCCUGCAGAGCUGCGACCACCGCCUGCUGCGCUGCGACGGUCGCCUGGUCCCCGCCGCCGAGCCCGGCACCGCCUUCACCCUCGAGUUUCGCUGCGGGAAGGUGGCCUUUCGCGACGGGGAGGGUCGCUACCUCGCCCCCUCGGGACCCAGCGGCACCCUCAAGGCGGGCAAGAGCACCAAGGUGGGCAAGGACGAGCUCUUCGCCCUCGAGCAGAGCUGCCCGCAGGUCGUGCUCCGAGCCGGCAACGACAGGAAUGUCUCCACCCGGCAAGGGAUGGACCUCUCGGCCAACCAAGACGAGGAGGGUGACCAGGAGACCUACCAGCUGGAGAUCAACAAGGACACCAAGAAAUGCGCCUUCAGGACCUACACUGGGAAGUACUGGACCCUCACCUCCAACGGGGGCAUCCAGUCCACCGCCUCCACAAAGAACGCGAGCUGCUAUUUCGACAUCGAGUGGUGCGACAAGCGCAUCACCCUGAAAGCUGCCAACGGCAAGUACGUGACGGCGAAGAAGAACGGGCAGCUGGCGGCCUCCAUGGAGACAGCCGGUGAGACGGAGCAUUUCGUGAUGAAGCUGAUCAACAGGCCCAUCAUUGUCCUCCGCGGCGAGCAUGGCUUCAUCGGGUGCCGGAAGGUGACCGGCACCCUGGACUCCAACCGCUCCUCCUACGACGUCUUCCAGCUGGAGUUCAACGACGGCGCCUACAACAUCAAGGAUGCCACCGGCAAGUACUGGAUGGUGGGGAGCGAGUCGUCCGUCACCAGCAGCAGCGACACCCCCGUGGACUUCUUUUUUGAGUUCUGCGACUAUAACAAAGUGGCUAUCAAAAUCAAUGGCAAAUACCUGAAGGGCGACCAUGCCGGGGUCCUCAAGGCAUCCGCCGACACCAUUGACGCCUCCACUCUCUGGGAAUAUUAAUGCACUUUAGCGUACCUCCCAUUGCCAACUUUUCUUUCCCCCUCCUCCGUCCUUUUUUCCUUUGGGUUUUGUUUCUCCUCUCCGUAAAAGGAUUUUCAGACUGGCUUGCCCUUCCCUCCCGCCGUAGAGUUGGUGCGUUAACGUGGGAGGUGGGUCUCCAUAAAUCUCUGUAAGAACUGGAAAAGCGAUGGGGCAGCCUGCCUAUAGCUUUGUAGAGGGGUCUGUCUCUAUCCCCCCUCCCUCCCCCUCCAGGUUUGCUGGGCUUGGAAACUGCCGUACCCCCCCUCCCGGCCCCGAGCAUCACCUUAGGUAGUUGAUUUUCCUCUCUUUGAUUGAUUGAAAAAAAAAAAAAAAAAGGGAAUAAGAUCACCUCUGCGCUCGCUUCUGCCAUAUCAGCGCUGGCGCCGCCCGGGUCUGUGCUGCCAGUGUCCCCCGGAGCACCCGUCCCGUCCCGUCCCAUCCCGCUCCGACCAGGGGCAGAGCGACGGUGCUGGGCUCAGCCGGCCCCCCCCGGCAGCUUCUCUCCCCUCCUGGCUUUUGGGGCAGGAUUCAUCCCCAGCCGAGCCGUAAGAGGUGACCUUACAUAUCACAGCAUCCCUGGGGACGGGGCUGCCGAGUGCCGGCACGUGUCCCCGCAGAAGGGCCACCAAGCCAACCCCAUCCUCCCCCCCCCCCACACCCCCGCAAUCCCCCUGGAAAUGAUUUUUUAGGGUGAUCCCGUCUGGAAAGCUUCAGCCUUUCAUCUCAUGGAGCCCCAGCGCUCCUUGUGUCCCUCCUCGUGCUUCUGGCUCUGGAGGAGCAUCCCGGACCACAGCGGUGGCUCCAGCCCGGCCGGCGUCUGCCCCGAGGCCGGUCCCGCUGCCCUGCCUGGGAUGGGAUGGCGGGGGACACACACAGAGCGAGCCCGUGCCGGGUGAGGGGCUUCAUCCAGCCCACCCCCAGCACCAGCGGGUUUCCGUCGCCGCAGGAGCCCGGCUGGCCAAGGCCGCCUUCCCCGGGGUGGUGGCUGGGAGCAUAAACUGCAGAUUUUGGUUUACAGAGUAGAAAAGUUCCUUAGCAAACUUUGCACAGUGGUAUUUGCUCAGUACCUUUGGGUGUUUUCGGCGGGGGUUUGUUUUGUUUGUUUUUGUUUUUGUUUUUUUUUUUUUCCUCAUCAAAUACUGGAAGCGGUGAUGCCAAUCACCCGACACCUAAUGCUGAAUUAGGAAGCGCCCGUUGCCACGGGCUCCCCCCCCCCCACCCUCCCACCCCGAAGCAGGGCAGCUCCCGGGGGCUCGGCUCUCACGCCAUCGCAACCCUACUGGAAAGAAAGAAAAGAAAAAAAAAGAAAAGAAAAAAAAAAAAGACCAAAACAGUAUUUUUGUUAGUCUCUAUUUAUAUAUGCUCUCCAUGGCACUGUGUUACCAGCUGUUGUCUGUACUAGGUCUGCAUUAGAGUAUAACGCUGUUCGUAACGGGUGAUGCUGACGUGUUCUUUAGGGUGUUGAAAGGCACUUUAUCCUUUGGGGCCUUCCCAGGGCCGGUACUUGCUCCCUGCAAACACACCGAGGAGCCUUUUCCCCCACCGGGGAGGGAGCGCUGGUCCCCCCCCCACCCCCCCCACCCCAUGCCAAGGGUGCUGGCGGCAUGGCCGCCGUGCCAAACCGGGGCCGGUCCCUACGGCCGGAGGCUUGUCAGCCUUAAAGCCACACGGAGGGAUCCCCCUCCAUAGGAGCUUGGUGCUAAACUCUCAGCCGGGAGAGCGAGCCACCUGUCCCCUGCCCGGGGUGGGGGGGACGGACACAACUCCGGGCCGGGGUCCCUCCCCGGCGCAGGGGACCCCGGCUGGGACUCUACCUCGGCUCUGCGCUCACAUCCAGGCGCCCGCAGCCCCCCCACCUCCGGGGACCACGAUGCCCCUCGAAGGACCGAGUGUCUUGAUGAAGCCCUGAGUGACCCUGUGACUUGGCACACACUUUUCGCUGGCCUUCAAUCCCCACCCCCCCCCCGACCCCGCGUCACCUCCUCCUUGUCCCCCGUCGCAGUUCGAACCAUGUAACUCCCGCUCCGGCUUCUUCUGUGUGACACUAGGUCGACAUCUCUCCUGUCUCCUCUUAUCGGGUGUCGUGACUCUCUGAAAACAUCUCACUCUGAAAAAAUUUUAAGUUUCGGGUUUGUUCGGUUUUCUUUUUUUUUGGGGGUUCGUUUUUCUUUUUUUUUUUUAAUUAUUAUUUUUUUGUAAGUGCCAUUUGUAUAACUUAAAAAAAAAAAAUAGCUUCAAAUGGAGAAAGAUGAAUAAAAAAUAAAACCUGCAUUCGGA